UGCGUUCUCUGACAGAUUAUCACAGUCUGUGAAGACAACAGGACUAAGCACUGACUUCUUCCUCCUGUCACUCAAGCUUCCAACAGUGAAAUCGUUCCGACCCCAUGAGAGGGUCUUCCGUGUCACAAUGAGAGCCCCCUGUGUGUUCCUACUGCUUUACUCGGCCUUAUCAGGUCCAGGUGUUUCAUGGGUAGAAGCACAAAAUGACACCUGCAACGUCAGCGGCAGCCUUGCACAGCAGCAAUGUGGCCAUGGUUCCGAGUCCACCUCCAAGUUCCUGCAGUGUGCAGGGGUUCCGUCUGGGCCUCUUGCUGGACCCCACCACGUCCAGAACCUUGUGAACCUAAUGGAUGCUGCACUGGAUGUCUACUCUUUCAUGAGGUCCACUCUGAGCCAGGGCCCUGCGCUAGAGGUGUCGGGUGGGAUCCAGCUGACCCCCGAGGGCCUGGUGAGCGACGCGGACGUGCUGAAGGUGUGGCUGGAGGUGAAGAUGAAGCCCCUCCUCUCCUCCGUCUCCCGCCAGUUCCUCCGUUGCCUCGGCAACAAGAACCUCAGCUGCGAGGCCUACCACACUGUGGUUAGUGAGAUGAGCGAGCACUUCUCUGGAAUGGACCCUGUACGGCAGAAGUGGAUCUACAUGUUUUUCAUGUACCCAUUCCUGUCUGAUAACAGAACAGCGGGAUGCAUGCACCUGAGCAACGGCACUGAGGACUGGCUGAUGAAGAACUUUGGGUCAUUCUCUGUCAUGGCAACCAUGAAAGAUCUCUCAUCGCUCAACAUGGUCUUCAGUGGGUUGGACGUGCUCCACUUGCUGACUCCAGAGCAGAGGGCGGAGCUGCUGCUGCAGCCGGAGGUGGUGGGGCUGGACGAGGGCGUCCUCACCCUGGUGUUCGACAGCCUGCUGGACCCCCUGCUGCCGGCCCGACCUCCGACCUCACCUACCUCCGCUCCUCGCCCUGACCCGACUGGCUUCACGCGCAACUACACGACCUCACCUGGGCCUCACCACACCCAGCACUAUACCACCCCUUACAGGGACCCAGCCAGAGAGGUGGCCAAUGGAUUCAUGUCUGUCUUGACACCCAUGGGAAGCUUUGCCAGGCACAUGGUUUCCUUCACAAAUCAGCACUAUCUCACCACUGUGCGAAGUGCCACUCUCAUCCAGGCCAUGCUCAACUGGACCUUGGCAGAACUGGCCGCUCCUUACAAGCAGAACAGCACCGCUCCGGACCAGGUGGACUUUGACCCGCUGGACGUGAACGACUGGUUCCAGCAUGUUGUGGUCCCGGUUCUGAGACGGUACCUGCCCCGAGACGAGAUGGAGAUCCCGCAGAACAUCACUGUGGUGUUCCACAACCUGUUCCACAUCCAGACCGGUUUGGACCCAGACUCAGAGGAGACUGACUCUGAUUCUGAUAUCUGCAGUGUGUCCAUUGAUGAGGGAUCUUGUGCUCUCACCGAUGCAGUGGAGGAGGUGGCUCGUGUCAUGCACUGUGCAGCCAAGACCAACCUGAGUCUGACAGAGGAGACGCUGAUGAGACUGGUGAUGGAGCUCUCCGACAGCCUCAACUCACUCACCCAGGAACUCGCCCAAAUGAACUUCAGCUCCCCUGACUCUCCAUUCUUCGGAAUCCUCGACCAGAUCAUCUCCGGUCCCCUGACGCAGGACAACCUCCAUGACGUGUCCUUCAUUAGGCUGUGGUUCCAGAUCAAGCUGCGGCCUCUGUUGCCCUCACUCACCCCAGAGUACCUGUCCUGCCUCAGUGCCAAAGGAUUCAGCUGUGAAACCUACCAAGCACUUGUGAAGGCUCUGGGUGAUCACAUGUCUGACAUGCAUGAGAGGGGACCUGAGAUGGUCCUUCAGCACUUCAUCAUUCCUUUCCUCUUCAACCCCAACCAUACAGACCCUGGCUGCGUGAGAUCGGUUGAGAACAGCACUGACUGGAUGAUGAAAAACUUGGGUGGCUUCGCUUCCCUGGCUACACUUAUGGACAUGUACCAGCUCAACCCCGAGUUCUCUGCAAUUGAAGUCCUGCCCUUGCUCUCCCCCAGACAGAUGGCAGAGCUCAUGGUCGUUCCCCUCCCAAGGCUGCCGCCGAAACGACAGGUGGUCGACCUCGUCUUCGACCACCUCUUGGGAGACCCCAUUGGAAGGAACAUGCCUGAAGUCCUGGAGCACCUUGUGCAAUUCAGCCAUGAUAUGGGAAUGGACUGUGAGACCUACCAGAGCAUCGUGGAAAAGCUGUAUGAUGUGUUGUGGUCUGUGCCACGCAUGAUGGAACCACAGAUCUGGGCAGCAAUUCACAACAUGAGACAACCUGCAGACUGUUCAUUGCCUGUGUUCGACUGUCCUGUGAUACACUUUAAUGAGAGCAGAAUGUGUGCUGGAAUUAACAGCUCUGAGCUGCAGCACCACCUGGAGGCUGGGCAUGUAUCCUGUGAAUACACUCUAAUGGAGUACGCCUGCUCAGAGCUGAAAGGAUUCUCUGCACAUAACCUGACCCACCUCCUGAUGUGCAAGCUGGCCAGCAACAUGACAGACUCCAAGGAGACCUGGAAGCUGCUCCUCACCAAGACAUCUGCAGUUCUGGAUGAAGCGCUCGCCAUGUUCUCCAGCAUGGCCUCCAACAUGUCGCAUCCUCUGAUUGGUCAGUCUGUGUCCAAUUUCCUGGACGUGCUGCGUGACAUGCGACUGGACCAGUUCACCCCAGAGCAGUGGCAAGACGCUUCCUUCGUGGCGUCGCUGUUGAACGGCACCCACCCAUUCUUGGCUGCCACCUCUGGAGGUUUUCUCCACUGCCUCACCACCAAGAACCUCACCUGUGAAACCUUCCAGAUCAUACUGAGAGCGUUUGUGCAGCAGUUCCACUACAUGGAGGAGCCUAGUAGGAGGAUGGUGCUGGAGUCUUUCAUCCUGCCCUACCUAAACAGCAACUCCUCAGGACAUGCUUGUGCCCUUAAUGGCAGCUAUUAUUGGCUGCAAAACAACUUUGGGCCUUUCUCUGUCCUUGUGGAGCUAGAAGAUCUAUUUGAGCUCAACAUGGCCUUUGAUCCACUGGAGGUGUUGGAUCUUCUCAGUCCAAUGCAGAUGGCUGAGUUGAUGGUUCUGCCUCUCCCUCAUGCCCAAGGGAAAGAUGAGGUCAUCAGCAGAGUGCUGGAUCACCUCCUAGAGUCACCUGUGGAGAGGAAUCUUCAGGAAGUUCUUGGUCUCACCAUCAUCCUUGCCACACAGGAUGAAGCACCUUGUGAGUUCUACCAGGCAAUAAUCCCAAGGCUGAGUGAGUCUGUAACAUCAGUACCAGGAGUUCUGGAGCCCAUCAUCAGAGGAGCUGUGGAAGAGCUGCUCCAGCUCAGUCCACUAGAUUGUGCUGUUCCUCUGCCUGCUCAGUGUCCUACAACACCAGUUAAUGAAACCAGAAUUUGUGAAGGUGUUAACAGCACUGUCCUGCAGUCUCAACUGGCAGCUGGCCUGGUCCCCUGUAAUGUCAGUCUGGAGCAGUAUGCCUGUUCAGAGCUAACAGGAUUCACUGCACAGCACCUGGCCCAGGUUCUGAUUUGCAAGCUGUCCAGUAACAUGACUUACUCCAGGGAGACCUGGAAGCUGCUCCUCACCAAGUCCUCUGCAGUUCUGGAUGAUGCUCUCAUCAUGUUCUCCAACAUGCCUCUGAGGAUCAUGGGUCAAUCUGUGACUGAUGUCCUGGAUAUUCUUGGAGAGCUCCGUCUGGAGUCGCUCAGUGACAUGCAGUGGGAAGACAUCGACUUCAUCUCCUCACUGUUUGGUGAACGUCUGCGGCUGUUCUUGCCCUUCGCCUCCGGAGAACUUCUGCACUGUGUCAGCAGGAAGAACCUCACCUGUGAAACCUACCAGUACAUUGUGGGUGAGCUGAGUUAUCAGUUUGAUCACAUGACAGAGGAGCAGGCCAAGAACGUUCUCAAGUUCUUCAUUUUGCCCUUCCUGUCCAGAAACACAUCAGAUCCAGGAUGUAUCUCCAACAAUAGCAUGGCGUGGCUUCUCAACAACUACGGGCAAUUCUCUGGCCUUGUCCCACUCAAAAGUCUACUUGAUGCCAAUAAGUACUUCAAUCCGCUGGCUGUCCUGGAGCUGCUCUCUCCCCAGCAGAAGGCGGAGCUGAUCCUCCUGCCUCUCGGAGACCUUCCCCCACAGGAGGUCAUCAGGGUCGUCUUCAACCACCUCCUGCAGCCUCCCCAGCAGACACAGAUGCCCGAGGUCCUGCAACAUCUAGUCAGGAUUGCACAAGAGAACGAGAUACCGUGUCUCACCCUUCAGUUAGUAUCAGAGAACCUGUUCAUGGGUCUGUCAUAUGUGCCUCCUGAAUUAGAGCAUAUCAUCUACACAACCGUCGAUCAACUUAGAGGGAACUUACCACAAGGUUGCAUACUUCCACAGCCACCUUCAUGUCCUUUCACAAGGGUAAAUGAGACUGAAAUUUGCUACAGGACAAACAGCUCUGAGUUGCAGCAUCUUUUGGAUAUGGGACAAGUACCCUGCCAAUACAGCGUGUCAGAGUAUGCAUGCUCUGAGCUGUCAGGACUCACUGCAGAGCACCUGGCCCAGCUCCUGGUCUGCCAGCUGUCCAGCAACAGGACUUACUCCAAGGGGACCUGGAAGCUGCUCCUCACCAAGACCUCUGCAGUUCUGGACAAAGCUCUCAUCAUGUUCUCACACAUGGCCUCCAAUAUGUCUCUGAGGAUCAUGGGUCCAUCUGUGACUCAUGUCCUGGAUAUUCUUGGGGAGCUCCGUCUGGAGUCGCUCAGUGACAUGCAGUGGCAAGACAUCGAUUUCAUCUCCUCACUGUUUGGUGACAGUCUGCGGCCAUUUUUACCCUUCGCCUCUGGAGACCUUCUGCAAUGUGUCAGCAGCAAGAACCUCACCUGUGAAACUUACCAGUACAUUGUGGGUGAGCUGAGUCAUCAUUUUGAUGACAUGACAGAGGAGCAGGCCGAGGAUGUCCUCCGGUCCUUCAUCCUGCCCUUCCUGUCCAGAAACACAUCAGACUCUGGAUGCUUCUCCAACAACAGCAUGGAAUGGCUUACAGAUAACUACGGACAAUUCUCUGUCCUUGUUCCUCUCGAAAGUCUAUUUGAUCGCAACCAGGACUUUGAUCCACUGGAGGUGUUGGAUCUUCUCAGUCCAAAGCAGAUGGCUGAGUUGAUGGUUCUGCCUCUCCCUCAUGCCCAAGGGAAAGAUGAGGUCGUCAGCAGAGUGCUGGAUCACCUGCUGGAAUCACCUGUGGAGAGGAAUCUUCCAGAAGUUCUUGAUCUCACCAUCAUCCUUGCCACACAGGAUGAAGCACCUUGUGAGUUCUACCAGGCAAUUAUCCCAAGGCUGAGUGAGUCUGUGACAUCAGUACCAGCAGUUCUGGAGCUCAUCAUCAGAGGAGCUGUGGAAGAGCUGCUCCAGCUCAGUCCACUAGAUUGUGCUGUUCCUCUGCCUGCUCAGUGUCCUACAACACCAGUUAAUGAAACCAGAAUUUGUGAAGGUGUUAACAGCACUGUCCUGCAGUCUCAACUGGCAGCUGGCCUGGUCCCCUGUAAUGUCAGUCUGGAGCAGUAUGCCUGUUCAGAGCUGUCAGGAUUCACGGCACAGCACCUGGCCCACCUCCUGGUCUGCAAGCUGUCCAGCAACAUGACUUACUCCAGGGAGACCUGGAAGCUGCUCCUCACCAAGUCCUCUGCAGUUCUGGACGAAGCUCUCAUCAUGUUCUCCAACAUGUCUCUGAGGAUCAUGGGUCCAUCUGUGACUCAUUUCCUGGAUAUUCUUGGAGAGCUCCGUCUGGAGUCGCUCAGUGACAUGCAGUGGCAAGACAUAGACUUCAUCUCCUCACUGUUUGGUGACAGUCUGCGGCCAUUCUUGCCCUUCGCCUCCGGACAACUUCUGCACUGUAUCAGCAGGAAGAAUCUCACCUGCGAAACCUACCAGCACAUAGUGGGAGAGUUCGAUCAGCAGUUUGACCACAUCCCUGAGCCACAAAGAGAAGCUGUCCUCGACUUCUUCAUCAAACCGUUCCUGGCCAGAAACACCUCAGACUCAGCGUGCCGCACCAACGACAGUGUGGCGUGGCUUCUCAACAACUUUGGGCGGUUCUCCGUCCUUGUGCCUAUCAGGGACCUCCUCACCCUCAACAACCUCUUUGAUCCAGUGGCAGCCCUGGCCUAUCUCUCCCCCAGACAGAUGGCUGAGCUGGUCGUUCUCCCUGACCUCCCUCGUGUAGACAUGGCCAUCCACGCGGUGUUCGACACUCUCACUAAACCUCCCAGGGUCGCCCAGCUUCCAGAGUUCCUUGGACACCUCACCAUGCUCUCGAGAGAGGUCAUGAUCCCAUGUGACUCCUAUAAGACCAUCUUUGAGAGGCUGUACUUGGCCUUAUCAUCUGUUCCUGGUGAUUUUGAGCCUGUGGUCUGGGCCACCAUACGCAAUCUGAUGCAGACCGCGCCACCAGUAUGCAUGCCUGAAACUAAGUGUCCAGUGACAAUGGUCAAUGAGACCACCGUGUGUAUAGGGGUGAAUAGCUUAGAACUACAGCACCAUCUAGAGGCUGGGGCAGGAACUGAAGUCCUUUGCCGCUUCGGUCUGCGUGAGUUUGCCUGCGCAGAACUGUCAGGACUCACUGCACAGCAUCUGGCCCAGCUCCUGAUGUGCAAGCUGUCCAGCAACAUGACUUACUCCAGGGAGACCUGGAAGCUGCUCCUCACCAAGACAUCUGCAGUUCUGGACGAAGCUCUCAUCAUGUUCUCCAGCAUGGCCGCCAACAUGUCGCUGUCCAUCAACGGUCCCUCUGCGUCUGCAGCCCUGGAUGCCCUGCGGGAGAUCCGUCUGGACAGGCUGACCGCUGAGCAGUGGCAGCAGGCCAACCUGACCAUGGCGCUGUUCAUGGACAGCCUCAGACCUUUCCUGCCCUUCGCCUCAACGCAGCUCUUGAGCUGCGUCAUCGACAACCUCAGCUGUGGCACCUACCAGUACAUGGUGAGUGUAUUCAGCCAUGGAUUUGAUCUCAUGGAUGAGAGUCACAGAGAGAGGAUUCUGGAAGAUUUCAUCAAGGUGUACCUGACCAACAACUCAGCAUGCAUCUCCAAUGACAGUGUGGAAUGGCUACAGACAAACCUUGGGCAAUUCUCAGGCCUUUUGAGCAUUGGUGAUCUGCUCCAACUCAACAUGAACUUCCGUCCCCUGUCAGCCCUUGCAGUCCUGUCUCCACGUCAGAUAGCGGAGCUGAUGGUUCGUCCUUUCCCUGGUCUCCCAGGACAGGCUGAAGUCAUCAACGCCGUCUUUGACCACUUGACUGCAAAUGGACAGAAACUUCCAGAAGUCCUUCGUCCUCUGGUCACACUUUCCGAAGAGGUCAUGGUACCGUGUGGAGCCUAUGAAGCACUUUUUGAGCGGCUGUAUCACAUCCUGCCCUACGAACCUCGGGGGGUUGAACCUCUCGUUUGGGCCACCAUAGACGACCUGAUGCAAACAUCACCCAGAGACUGCAUACCUGUGGACCUGACUUGUCCCAUCACACCAUUUAACGACUCUGGAGUAUGUGCAGGCAUUGAUAGCUCUGCCCUUCAGAGUCACCUGGCCGCUGGAAUGAUCAUGUGCAACUACAGUGUGGAGCAGUAUGCCUGUGCCCAGCUGGGAGGGUUGAGUGCAGCAGACCUGGUCUCAGUGGUGCAGUGCCAGCUGUCCAAGGACGUGGUCCAGUCCAAGGAGUCGUGGAAGGUGCUGCUCACCAAGGCCUCAGCAGUUCUGGACGAGGCACUGGCCAUGCUGCCGAACAUGUCCUUCAGCGGUCCGUCAGUUCCUCUGGUCCUGGACGUGAUCAGAGAGAUGCGCAUCGACCUGCUGGACCCACCCGAGCUGCAGGACGUUGGCGUGGUCUCCGCCUGGUUCGGUCAACGCCUGCGGCCCUUCCUGCCCUCUGCCUCCAGCAUCUUCCUGCACUGCGUCAGCAGCAGGAAACUCAGCUGCGCCACCUACCAGCACGUGCUGGAGCAGUUCGGCCAUCACUUCGGAUCCAUGGAGAAGAGCCGUGCAAUGAUGGUGCUGAAAUAUUACAUCCGCCCCUUCCUGUCUAACUCAACAGCAGCGUGUGCCACGAACAAUAGCGCAGUGUGGUUGCAAGAGAACUUCGGGCCUUUCUCCGUGUUCGUCCCUGUCGCCGAGCUGGUCUCCUUCAACCCGCAGUUCAACCCGUUGGCCGUGGUGGAGGUCCUCUCCCCUGAGCAGACAGCUGAGUUGAUGGUGCUGGCCACACCUGGCCUUCCUGACAGACAGCAGGUCAUCGACAGCGUCUUCGACUACCUGCUGGCCGCACCCAUGCAGAACGGCCUGCCCCAGGUCCUCCAGAACCUGGCCACCCUCGUCGCCACGGUACCCUUGGAUUGUAGCUCCUACCAGACAAUUUUCAAGAGACUUAAUGGUGUUCUGACAUCAUCACCUGGCGCGCUGGAGCCAGUGAUCUGGGAGAGCAUUUAUGACCUUUCGGCAACAGCUCCAGCAGAUUGCCCACUGCUCAUGGCCAGUGACAAGUGUCCCAUCACCCCACACAAUGAAUCUGUGGUGUGCAAUGGAGUGAACAGCACACUUGUCCAGCAGUCUUUGGACAUGGGAAACGUGGACGUGUGUGGCUUCAGCAUCUCAGAGCUCGCAUGCGCUCAGUGGUCGAACAUAUCCGCGGCUCACCUGGUCACCCUGCUCCAGUGUCAGCUCUCCAGCGCUGGGCCCAGAGACGCAUGGAAGCUCCUCCUGACCAAAGCCUCCGCCAGCCUGGACCAGGCCCUGCAAGUCUUCGCCAACCAGACGGUGUCCAUUCAGGGUCCUUCCGUUCCGGUGGUUCUGGACGUCAUCCAAGAGGUCCAGUUGGACCGAUUCCGACCGGAGGAGUUGCAAGACGGUAACUUCAUGUCAGAGUGGUUCAUGGGACGGCUGCGGCCCUUCCUCUCCUCGGCGUCGCUAGGGUUCCUGAGCUGCAUCAGCAGCAAGAACCUCAGCUGCUCGUCCUAUCAGCGUGUACUCCAGGCCUUCAGUACGCAGCUGCCCCACAUGAGCCCUGCCCAGACGGACGCCAUCUUCUCGGACUUCAUCACACCCUUCCUGUCCAGGACCUCAGCUUGCGUCUCAAACAACAGUGCCAUAUGGCUUCAGAGCAACUUGGGGCCGUUUUCUGUCCUGGCAAACACGUCUGUUCUGCUUCAACUCAAUGACCUCUUCAAGCCGUUGGAGGCGCUGGCCGUCCUCUCCCCUGGUCAGGUGGCGGAGCUGAUGGUGGCACCCCUGCCUGGACUCGCCGAUAAAGAGGUCAUCAUAAACACGGUGUUCGACUACCUGGCUGCAGCGCCUGCGGACCAUAAGCUUCCGGAUGUCCUCCAGAGCCUCGUCACGCUUUCUGCACAAGCGGGAGUCAUCCCCUGCUCCUCCUACAAAGUCAUGUUUAACCGGAUGGAUCAGCUCAUCCCCGUGGUGACUGUAGCCCUGGAGACGGCCAUCACCGCCGCCAAGACCACCCUCCUCACCAGAGUCCCACCAGGUUGUGUUAUCUACAGUGGAGAGUGCAAUGUCACUCCGAUUGAUGAGACGGCAAUCUGCCUCAAUAUCAACAGCACUGCAUUACAGCUUCACCUGGACAACAAGCAAGGGUCCAGCUCUCUGUGUGGCUUCAGCAUGGCACAGUACGCAUGCGCACAGCUGUCCACUUUGACGGCUCAAGACCUGGUGACAUUGUUAACCUGCAAAACGAGUGAGGAUCAUCCCAAAGCGACCUGGAAGCUUUUCAUCACCAAAGUGAAUCCCAUCCUGGGUCAUGCCCUCGACCUCUUCAACAGCACGAAGCUCACUGCCAGUCCCGCCGUCUCGAACGUCCUGGACGCAAUCGGCGAGGUCACCUUCAGCAGUUUCAGUGCUGACCACGUGCGGGACGUCACGUAUGUGAACCGCUGGUUCGGGAUGCGCCUGAGGCCCUUCCUGUCCUCCGUCACCCCAUCCUUCCUCUCCUGCUUGGCCACCAAGGACUUCAGCUGCCAGACCUACCAGAAUGUUGUGCAGGCCAUGGGGCAGGUGUACGGAGAAAUGCUCAACUCUACUCUGGUCUUCACGGACUUCAUCGAGGUCUUCCUCAACAAGUCAGCCUGUACCGAUGGCGUUGCAAACAGUGCUGACUGGCUGGAGAAGAACUUUGGGCCGUUCUCAGCCACUGCCUCUGUUGUGGACAUGCAGAGACUGCAUGGCAGCUUCAAUCUGAUUGAGGCCCUGUCCCGACUGGACCUGAGGCAGCUGGUGGAGGCCUCCGCCACUCCCGGCCUGCUGACCAGCCCCGCCGACGUCACCGCCCUGCUGGGAUACGUCCCCGACCAGCUGCUGGCCAGCUACUUCGACAUGCUGGCUCCAGCCGCCCAGGGAAAUCCAAUCGCUGCACCCCUCCGUUCAGUCAUGCUGCAGCAGGUGUUCAAUCGUGCCAAGUUGUCGGAGUCGUCCGUGCCCGACACUGAGGUGCUGGUGUGGCUAAACAACCGCAUGACGUUCCUGUUGCCCAAUCUCUCGCCCAGCCAUGUGGCACCGUACUUCGACAUCAUUAGAGUGCGACAGUGCAACACCAGCCAGCAGGCUGUGGCCCUUCUGAACGGUACCUUGGCCACGCUUGAGGAUGACACUCAGACCCAGGUGUACGGCCAAAUCAUAUUGUUACUCACAGAGCCCUCCCCUCUGCGUUGCUAUGGCAGCGGAAGCUUCUACUCCUUCCUGGAGACGUCCUUCAUGGGCUUCCAGUUCCCUAUCCUGACCACCUUCCUCUCACUCAUGCCAGCCAGCCGCAGGACAGAGCUGAUGAACUCCAUCCCACCAGCCCACCUGGGCAGCUUCCUGCGCAGGCCGGGCGCUGUGGACGACAUGGGCAAACUCUGCCAGGUCUUUGAUGGCUACACUGAGACACUGCAGUUCCUGGAAACGGAGAAGGUUCCGGAGAUGGUCCAGCCAUACGUCCUGCCUUGUGUGUGGCCCCGGGCCCUGGUCGCUGACUCUGUGGCUGAGGUUGACCGCUGGUUCGGCGCCGGACUGAGCUCCUAUCUCCGCUUCCUCAACAAAGACCUCAUCAGCUACGCCACGCUCCAGAACUCAAACUGUCUGGCCUUCAGGAAGUUUGUUGCUGUGGCAGGAAACCUUAACUACAGCUCCGCUGCCUUCACCCAACGGGAUGUGUACUCAACAAUACAGAGCUACCUCUCCAUAGCCCCAACACCAAGGUGCUACAACACGUCUGUUCCUGACCUGGCCUCCACCGCCUGGUUCGCCAACUACAUCAACAUCUUCAUCACAUUCAUCUCCCUGGAGGAUCUCGGCGCUUACGGAGGCACAAGUCUCCAACCCUUCACCACCAACCUGGCGAACCUCCAGCUGUUCAACCAAACCUCCCUGCCGCAGAACGUCACCACCUUCUACGUGGAGUUGCUGUACUUGCAGAACCCCACCUUCAACGCUAUCCAUCUCCCUCUUGCGUUCCGCUGUACGGCCCCUGCCACGGGCUUCUCCAAUCUGACUCUGGGCGAGACCAUGGCCAUCACCUCCGUCCUCUACGACUCCUGCAGCAAUAUUGACGAUGACGUGUCCGCUGCCCUCAGCAGGAACAUGAAGACCAUCUCGCCGGCGGGCAUUUCCACGCUGGGCAACUCAAGCGUGGGCUUCAGUACGGGCCAGCUGAGCGCGGCCAACCCCUCGGUCAUCGUCUCAUCGCUGUCCGUGCUCAGCACCGUGGUGGGCUGGAACCAGGGGCAGGCCAUGACGCUCAUCCAGAAGCUCCUCAGCUCCGGCAGCUUCAAGAUCACAAACAGUAACGAUCUCUGGAGUCUAGGCACCCUCAUCACAGGUGUUCCCUCGGCGACCAUCAACAGCAUCAGCGCCUCAGAGAUCCUCACAGCCACACAGUCCCCAACACUGGUCAACAACCUCAUGACCGCACCCACCAUCAUCCAGCAGACAUUCGUCUCCAAAAUCAUCUCUGUCAGCUCAACGAGCAGUUCCAUCAUAACCAACGUGCCCAAUGCCUUGGCAACACAAAUCCCAAGGAACUUCCUGCAGGACUUUACCCAGACGACAGAGGUGGUCACGACACUGAACCAGAAGACCUGGACACAGAGCCAGUCUGUUCUCAUCUUUGAUACUGUUGCGACUGCCGUGGAAAAUGCAAAUGACAUCUCGUUCCAAGUGCUGCAGGGCUUCACCUGUACCCGUGUGCAGACCCUCACCAAGGUCAAGAUCAAGAGCCUCAUUAGAGGCUGCAGGAGGCGCAAUAAUCUCAAGCUCAAACUCCAGCAGACACAGUUGACUUGCAUGUACUACCAACUGAGAGGUGAAUCGGAUGCCGCAGACUAUUCUCUCUACCCUGCAGAUAUGCUGCUGUACUACGAUUAUUCCACUGUGAAAAACUGUACGAACUACUUCACUGAACUGGGCUUUGCGGACUUCACUGUUCUCACCGGUGCCUAUGAAUCCUACCAGACAACGCUUGUCAACAAUGCCAAAACCUGUCUGGGCAUCACCGGGUUUAACAUCAGUGCAGCGAACAUCAACAUCCUCGGCAACAUGGUGUGCCUGCUGACUGGUUCCUACGUGGAGAACUCUGACCCCUCCAUCCUGGAGAAGCUGAAGAACUGCGACGACCUGUCCACUUCCCAGGUCACUGGCAUGGAGACACUUCUCCUUUCGGGCAAGACUAAAUACGGCGUUCCAUCAACAUGGGAACGGGAGACUCCUUGGGAUCUGGACCCUCUGCCUCUGUACUUCACGUCCAAUCUGUGGAAGGAGAUGAACAGGAGGGAGGCCCGCAGAUUCAUAAAGACUUUCAUCAAACAGCUGAGACGCCAAGGUGUUCCCAGGAGAAAGAUCCAAUACAUAAAGAGAGAAUUCCAGCAGGCUCAUCGAGCCAAACGUGACACAGCCAUCGAGUGCACCGUUGGAGCCAUCACCCAGAUCCAGAUCAAUGAUGACGCCUUCCCCAUCGACUAUGACGCCACACAGUUCAACGCCUGCUUGAGCCUCACCGUCCUCAAGGACAAUCUGCCAGAGAUCACAGACAAGAUCGAUCAGGACGACUACCGUCAGGUCAUUCUGGAGAAGUUAAAUAAGGCCUACCCAGAUGGCCUCUCAGACGACGUGGUCCAGAUGCUGGGGCCUGUGUCCCGUAGGGCGACCACUGAUGACAUAAGCAAGUGGAACAUCACCAAAAUCGACACUCUGUCCUCUUUGAUGAAGACGUCGGAUGGAGACUGGUCAGAAAAUCAGACCAAAGCCAUCAUGACUAAGUACCUUGCUGCGUCGAACAGCAUUGACAGUUCGGUUCUGAAUUCUUUGGGCGGUUCUGGUGUGUGUUCCCUGGGGAGCGGCGUUCUGGAGAACAUCACCUCCAGCAGCCUGCAGCAAGCAGAUGCGCUGCCCGUCAGCAGCUGUAGCCUGGACAAAAAGAAGGUCCUGUUCCCCAUUGCCCAGGCCGCCUUCAUCAAUCAGACCAGCACCACCAAGAGGUCAACCACCACGGUCACACUCACGCAGUACCAACUCAUCCAGUCCUACCUGGGUGGUGCCACCGAGUCCUUUGUACGAACCCUGGCCUCCUCCAGUGUCAACAUGGAUAUUAACACCUUCCUCGGUCUAGACCAGAGUGUCAUUCAGACCCUCAGCGUGUCGGACGUGAAGAGCCUGCUGGGUGACACCAACGUGAACGACCUGAGAACCUACUCCAGCAACGCCAUCGUCCAGGACUGGAUCAGCCGCCAGUUCCAGACCGACCUGGACACCCUGGGCCUGGGGCUCACUGGCGGGCGCGCAUCCCCCGCCACCACCGCCAACGUCAACGGGAACGCCGGUUCCGCCACCAACGCAACCGCAGCAACUGCGGCGGCUACCACCACCGCAACCACGGCAACCACUGCAGCGGGAGCCACGACGCCCAACACCACUGCAAGCGGAGGGGCGAGUAUCAGACCUGCCAGCGGCCUGUACUGCCUCCUACUGGCCACAGUUGUCUCUGCACUUUACCGCCUCCAGUAAUGAAGCAUCUUUUGCCAGGAGCACUGAAGGAAACCUAAACCAGUUUACAGCCCUGUUUAUAUGCACACGAUGGUGUUUUCUCAGAACGCUGCCACACAUAUGGAAGAUACAAAUGGAAUGUGAUCUCAGCAACGCUUUACUGGAACACUGCUUCAUAAGACUGACAUAGCCCUGUCAUAAAGGCAUUACGUCAGAUACAGUACAAUGGAUUCCUGUUUUCCUGUUAGUCAUUUUGACUGCUCAUGUCUAAUGAUUUGACAGCGUCAUGUUACAUAGUCAUAACGGCUUAUUUACUUACUUAGUUACUUAUUUACUUGCUUACUACUUACUACUUAAUGUUUAUUUUGAUAGGGACAGGUUCAAUAUAUUUAGAGAAUUGCACACAAUUAUUCAAUGCAACACAUUAUAGCAUAGCUAUUGCUUAUUUCCAGUGUCUGUCCACAGAAGGGCCUUUAAAAUAACAAAUACAGAACAUCAGAAUUAGACUAUGAAAUGUGUUUCAUUUUAGUUGACCUUACGUAGCAUUCAAGAGUGCUGAAGGAAAUCUACGCUAGUUUUAUGAUCAUAUUUAUGACAUUUAUGGAAUAUGAUAUUACAUUGUUACAUUGGUCACCAUUGACUUCUGACGACACAAGGCAUCUGCAGUGACUGGUUUAUGUGGGUCUUUUGAAGCAGGGCUCAAUUUUUUUUUUAAACCCUUUUUAAAUAUAAUUGUCUCAGGUUGUCAGUUCAAGUGCUGUCACUUUCAAUAUCGGACUGCACUCUUAAUUUAUGUCUUUUAUUUUAUGCAUUCCAAUUAAUAUAAAAAAGAUCCUGUACUUAGUCAGCAGGAUGUGAUUCAACGUCAGAAUAAAAUGAUAAUCAUGUUUCCCUCUG